AUGGAGACGCGCGACGUCCCCGGGAAGGGCCUGGGUGUCAUCGCGACCAGGGAUUUCGACGUCGGCGAGAUCGUCUCCUCGGAACCCGCGCCCGUCGCGCUCGCGCUCGGGCUCGAUCAGCUCGCGCGUCGCUGCGCGCGAUGCGCGCGCUCGCUCGCCGCGGCCGGCGAAGACGCCGUCGCGCCGUGCCCCGCGCGAUGCGGCGUGCACUACUGCUCCGCGCGAUGCAAGAAGGACGAUCAGAACGCGCACGGCGCCGGCGGCGAGUGCGCGUUCCUCCGCGUCCUGGGGCGCGAUCCGAAGCCCGGCGUGAAGGUGCCGCGCGCGUGGCGUCACCUCACUGACGAGGCGAGGCUCGUCAUGCGAUGCCGCGCGGACGCGGACGCGAAGAACGUCCACGACGGGCACCACCCGGGCGAGAUGAUCGAGGACGAGGAGGGCGGCGGCGGCGGCGGCGGCGUCGCGGACGGAUCGCGGCCGCCGCUGUCGUGUCUGGACGUGAACGAGACGCGCGGCGGCGGUGGAGUCCGAUCGGAAUCGGGUUGGGACGACCGCGCGCGCGUCGCGACGCGGACGCUGCGGAAGAUCGCGGAGGUCGCGGACGCCGGGUUCUGCGCCGCGAGCUUGACGCGGACGUACGAUAAGGCUGAGCUCGAGCGCGAAGCGAGAGAGAUGAAGUUGAGGAGGGAGAAGAGCGGGGGCGAAGCGGGGGAAGACGCCGCGGUCGUGGUGUGUCCGCCCGUGGAGAACGUCGAAGACUCGAGAGAAGAAGACGAGGACGACGAGGACGACGAGGACGACGAGGACGACGAGGACGAGGAAGCGCUCGCGACGGCCAUCGCGCGGUUAGAGUUGACGCUGGACCCGUGGUGGAUAACCACGCGGACGGUGUUCGCGAACGCGUACGACGUGUCGCAGUGGGAGACGCGACUCGCGGCGCCGCCGCCCGGGAACGACGCCCCCGAAAGCAGCGGCGUGCCGCGCGAAGAACGCGUCGGCGGCGCCGUCUACGCCAAGCUGUCGCGGUUCAACCACUCGUGCGCGCCCAACUGCACGUGGCACUUCGCGCCGCCGGGGUCGGCGGACUCCCCGGUCUCCGUGACGGUGAAAGCGAUCCGGCCGAUAAAGAAAGGGGACGAGGCGACCGUGUGUUACCUGGACGCGAGCGGCGGCCGCGACGCGCGCCGGCGGCGGCUGUGGGCGGAGUACAGGUUCGCGUGCGAGUGCGACAGGUGUCAACGGUUGAUUCGCCAAGGUGAAGAAAAUCCAGAUGACGUGGCGAAAUCUCUGCCGCACGAUUGGUUCCUCUCCGCGGCGGGGACGUGCGAGACGUGCGGCGGGUGGCUCGCCAAGGUGGGCGUUGAAACGCCCGAAGAUGAAAAAAACUUCCCGCUCGAGGACGCGUUGCGGUGCGUCCACGGCUGCGCGCCGUCUCCCGCUGCCGCGGUCGCCGCGUCCGACGCCGUCCGCGCGCUCGUCGCGCUCGUCCACGAAGCCCGCGCCGUCAUCUUCGACGAUUCGGGUCCCGAACCGUCGUCAGGUGCCGAAAAAGUAACGGCCGCGACGCGGGCGUUUCGGCGGCGGUUACGAGAGGCGGAGGCGCUCGACGCGCGCGUGCACGCGUUUCACGCGACGCGGUUGGAAGCGCACGAGCUCCUCGCCGUGGCGCUGUCCAUCGCCGCGAAGGCGAACAUGUUCGAAAACAACAACAACAACGACGGAAAUGUUGGAAACACGCCGCUUGACGUUACGAUGAGACCGCUCGCGUCCGCGCUCGGCUUCGCGCUCGCGAGAGCCGCCGCGCUAGACGCGCUCGCGGCGGGGGAGCCGGCGUGCGCGGACGCCGCGGCGCGCGCGUGGAUGGAAGUCAACGAGAGAGCGCUGUGGUGCGCGCAGGCCUGCUGCCUCGGCGGCGAAGAGAAGAACGAUGGCGGCGGCGACGACGGCGCGGCUCUGCCUCUCGGGGACGAAGACGUCGUCGCCGCGUGGCGCGCGUGCUGCGGCGGGGACCCCGCGUUGGAGGAGGUGUCCGAGGGGAUCGAAUCGUGGGUGUUCGGCACAGCUCGCGGCGGCGGCGGCGGCGGCGGCGGAGGAGGAGGAGGAGGAGGGCGGAGGCUCGACGUCGUGUUCGCGCGCGCGUCCGAGCGCGCGCUGACGCGCGCGUUGACGUUACGCCCGGAGCUGGGCGCGCACUUGCGAGGCGCCGCGGAGACGCCGGUGUGA